AUGAAAACUUUGCUUUUGUUGCUUCUCUUCUGUCGUGUUUCAUCAACCGGUAAGAUAGUGAAACACUCACUGAAAUAUUUCAUCACUGGAUUUUAUGGAGUCUCAGACCUUCAAGAAAUUGUGUUUGUUGGUGCAGUUGAUGGUAUCCAAACUGUGUACUGUGACGGCAUCAACAAAGUAUUAGAGCCAAAAAUGGACUGGCUGAAAAAAAUCUUUGAAAAUGAUCCUGAACAAUUAAACAUAUACACUGACUAUUGUUUUGCAGUGUAUCCUCACCGAUUCAAAACCACAAUUUCCAGUGUGAAGAAGCUCUUCAACCAAACUGAAGGUGUUCACAUCUUACAGCUUAUGCAUGGCUGUGAAUGGGAUGAAGAGACUGGAGAGGUUACUAGCUUCAUGCAGCUUGGUUAUGAAGGAGAAGACUUCCUUGUGUUUGAUCUGAAAUCAUUAACAUGGAUCGCUCUGAAACCUCAGGCUGUCUCCACCAAACAGAGAUGGGAUUCAGACACGGCCAAAAUAAAGUUUGAUGAAUAUUUCUUCACUCACACUUGUCCUGAGUGGCUGAAGAUGUAUUUACACCAUGGGAAGAGCUCUCUGUUGAGAACAGAUCUAUCUUCAGUGUCUCUCCUCCAGAAGACUCCAUCCUCUCCAGUCAGCUGCCACGCUACAGGUUUCUACCCUGACAGAGCCAUGAUGUUCUGGAGGAAAGAUGGAGAGGAGAUUCAUGAAGGAGUGGAACAUGGAGAGAUCCUCCCCAACCAUGAUGGAUCCUUCCAGAUGAAUGUUGACCUGGACAUUUCAUCAGUCUCACAUGAAGACUGGAGGAGGUACGACUGUGUGUUUCAUCUCUCUGAUGUGGAGGAUGACAUCUUCACCAAACUGGAUGAAAUACAGAUCAGAACCAACCAGGUUGAGAAGUCCAGAAACAAGACCUCCACCAUCAUCAUCUCUGCAGUGGUUGUUGUGGUUGUUGUUGUCGUCUUUGCAGCAGCUGCUGGAUUCAUGGUUCAUAGAAAGAAACAAGACCAAAAGGCUCCACCUGAUAGUGAAGACAACAUUGAACUAUCUGAGAGACUGAAUCCAGAAACCUAGCUGACUAUGUGUAUAUAUAUAUAUAUAUAUAUUAUUAUUUAUUUAUUUAUUAUUUAUAUAUCACCCAGUCCUGUCUUUCUUCUAAUAUCUUGUUGCUGCCACCACAGUAUCCCACCUGAAUGUCAUCAACCUCUGCUACGAUCAUAAACUCUGGAAGGUUUGGGACUCCAGAGGAGGCAGUGAAGUAAUACUUCAGUGAGCGUUUCACUGUGGAACAAAAAACAAAUAUAAUAAGUUUGUGAAGACAGAGAUUUUCAUUUUUAUUUCUAUCUGAAAUUAUGAUGGGAAUUUUUUUUUUAAAAACAUUUUGAUGAGUUUUUAUUUUGUAGUUCUACAUAUUUCCCAAUAAGAGGUGGACCAGUAGCAUCGCAAAAACAUUUAAAGUAAUUUUAUCUUCAGAUGUAAAGUGACAGAAGAGAGAAAAAAAAAUUCAUUCAUCUUGCUUUCUAUAAAAAAGUAAACUCCUGCAGAUGUGAUCAGUUUCUCUGAAUUUUGUUGUAGAGUAGGUGUCACAUGGUCUGUAUUAAAUUAUUAUUAUUAUUAUUAUUAUUAUUAUUAUAUUAACGACAACAACAAUAAUAAUGAUGAUGUUAUAUUAAUAAUAACACUUGCAAAACUAUUUACUAAAUGUUGAUGAAAUAAUUCAUUAGACUAAUAUCAUUAAACAUAUGUUAAAGAUUUUGACGCUUGAAUCAUUGUAAACGUGAUAUUUAUAAUAAUAUGAUUUCAUGUGAAUGUAUUUUAUGUAAUGUUGAGGUAUUUAUAUGAACUCUUUCUUUAUCAACUCUUCUCCAAGACGCUGAUGACUUGUGUGGAAGUUUAAACACUACAAAUAUUUGUAGACUUCAAAUAAAACUCCCCUCUUGUUUCCUUUAAAACGAUUAGUAAUAAAUCAUGGUUUUAUUUUGUUUUGUGUUAAAUAGUUUACACUGUAUUAGGGUGGUGUUGUAGGAAAGAGAAGUGAGGUUCUCUCUGGAGACAGGACAGAGAAUAUGACACAUCAGUCGAAAUGCAUGCCAGUACCGUAAGUACACAAGUAGACGCGCAAGAAAACAUGAAAACAGGAAACCGUGUUACGGUUUAUAACAUCAGUAAACACAUAAAUAAAAUAAAAUCACACGUAU